CUCGGAAGCACUGUAGUUACGUCCUGGAGUCGGGGAGAAGGUCAUCGGUGGCCUGUACAUCCACAUGCUGGUCUACGCGAAUGGCAAGGAAAACAUUUUGGGUCACGCGUUGGGCAUGGAUGGCGACGCAAGGGGACUGAAGCCCCGGUGCGAAGAACAAGGCGAGGAACGUGGUUCGUGGAAGGUAUCAGAACUCUUCUUAUCCCAUAAAGCACUCAUGUGGGAUGCCUCGCGCUAUCCGCCAUCGCUAUUCGCAUUCCUGGCCAGCAUGGAAACAUAUUAUGCGUUUACCUCAUAAUAACGCCUCACCGUGCGAUUUCAGGCUCCAAUGGAAAGCGGGCUUGGGACCAGUAUAUCUGAGUCUCGAACUAAUCCUUUGAAGUGUGGCUCGAAACAGAAGCCACUUAAUGCCUCAACGCUGUGCUGCAAUGCAUUUCAUCUGUCGCAUUCUUCGUUUCCCCUGGGAGCCAUGGUGUCCGUGCAACGUGAGCGACAAGCCCUUUCGGUAGACUGUGUGUGGCUCGACGGCUCUAAAUCGACGUGCAUGAUUUUCUCGACCAAGGCUUGGUCUUGCCUGCGCAGUGAAAUGAUCAUCCGUGAGCGUUUCGGUAUCCGGUCAUCCGACUCGAGCGCCCCUUCUGGAGGCUGGUGCUCGACAGAUAGCUGGUGGAGUGAAACACAGAGGCCGGGUAGAGGGGCCGGAUAG